AAUCCAGUAUGGCGCCAGCUAAUGUUACGUCGCAGCCAGCGCCAGCCGCUGUGCUGUGUGCUUGCGUGCUGUCGGAGUGUGGACAGCCUCAAGUCUGUGGCCGUGCCGUGGCCGGAGUUUCGAGUGCUGAAAGCGUUAGUCUUGAAGUGAAGUGAAGUGAUCCGAGCUCGGGAUUUCGCCGAAAAUGUUUUCGUGUUCAGAAAUUUCGUCACUAAACGUCAGUCUCCGGUUGACUACGACUGUUAUUAAAUAACGAUAGACUUGGUGGGACUUGCCGAGCCCAGGAUCCCAUAUUAUUUUAUAUAUUUUUUUACUUAUAUUGGUUUUAGUCGGCCUGUGCGCCAAAAUACUUGCUUGUAGUAGUGUGGCUUUUGGUUGUACAAUCUAUUUUUUACGUGUGUCGUGUGAGUGCUACAUUUAUCCACUGAAAAUGGUGAAGGAGAAGCCGAAUUCGACGAGGAUAUACGACGAGGACGGCUUCAGGCGACGGGCCGCUUGCAUCUGCGUGCGAGGUGAUGAGUCUGAGGUGCUGCUGGUGUCGUCGUCGCGGCGCCCCGACCACUGGAUCGUCCCCGGCGGUGGCGUGGAGCCCGAGGAGGAGGCGAGCGUCACCGCCAUCAGGGAGGUGAUGGAGGAGGCCGGGGUCGUCGGCAAGCUCGGGCGCUGCCUCGGAGUCUUCGAGGUAAUAAAUUGUGAGCAGAAGCACCGCACUGAAGUUUUCGUUAUGACAGUGACAGAAGAGCUGCCUGAGUGGGAGGAUUCCCGUAACAUUGGUCGCAAGCGAAAAUGGUUUACAAUGGAGGAUGCACUUCAGCAGUUGUCCCUUCACAAACCUGGUCAGCUUACGUACUUGCAAUCUCUUCUAACAUGUCGUAAUGAAAAAGUUACGUGAAGCAUUUUCCUUACUUGCACUAUGGCUCCCAGCUCCCAGGCUGCACAAGAAUGACUCAUAGUUUUAGGAGAGAGAAGACAAUUGCUUUGCUGACAUCAACUACUCAGUGACAGCAAACUUCAUCCAUUAGUGUUGAUUAGAUAUCUUGUGAAAUUUUCGGUAUCCAAAAUUCAUCUUGUCAUUAUUUAACUUGCCAAUAGCCAUUAUCAUUUUUCAGCAGAUAUCUUUUGUUAUCAGUGUAAUUAUAUUAAGCUGGUAUUUUUUACUUUCCUUGUAGUAAAUUUCAAUUUUAGUUGCAAACUUUCUGUAUUUUCAUGAGAGUAGUUUUAAGAUCAAUUUCUUUUUUUGUGAAAAUGAUUUUUGGAAGUGUUUGCUAUGUCAUUCUUUGGUGUCAAAUUCGGCGUUUGCUACCAGCUUCAAAAGUAAUUUGUAUGUACCCAUAGGGUUUUUUUUUUCUUUUUUUGUUAUAUUUGUCAUCUGCCAAUUGGCUUUGACUGCUUGUACCACUGUUCUAGGAACACAUGUAUCAAUAUACUCUACAUACGUGUUGAUGUUUUUAUAACUUUAUACCUUGAGUUGCCUAUUCAUUGGAAUUGACAAUUAUGUUAGCAGUGUCCCCAUUCAGAUGUUUUGUCUUGUGUAGAACCACCCAUAUUCUUCUGUGUGCAUGCAUUGUAACUGUGAGAGCUGUCGGGUAGUUUGUGCAAGAGGGAAGAAAUGUUACAAAAUAAAUCUUCUCCUAUGUUAAUGUGACUGAGCUGUUGUCAAAAGUGGAUCAUCUGGACAGACCAAAGCAGCCCAAAAAUCAAUAAUAAAUAAGGCAUACAUAAUGCAAGUGAAGCAAAUUGAUAACUGGACAUCUUGUAUGCUCUUCAUACCAUAUGAUACCAUUUGACAUUCUACAGCAUUGUUUUUAUCUGAAGUAAUUCGAAUGCUGCACGAAUUGUAUAAGACUGUGAUCAACUGUGUUUGUUUAUUUCCUUUCCUGUUCUGGUGCAUUGUUCUGAUCAUAUGUGCAACCAUUGAUUGGUUUUGUAUGUAGAUAGGAUAGAUAACUUUAUUUACUUUACAUGUGAAGGAUACUCUUAUAAACCAUACAUAUGUAUAAUUAUUUGGUUUAAAUUAAAAUAGUUAUGUAAGGAAUGCACAGAGGAAUUUUUCUUAGUCAGGUCUUGCUGUAAUCAUUUAAUAAUUUCUAUGGAGAAAUUGUACUUACUCUCGUAUGUCCUUUUAUGAGUGUAACUUGUUUGGUUUCCAUGUAUUAAUGAAAUCCGAUACAUAACUGGAUGAUUAAGAGCACACAUCGGUGUCAGUUGUGCGAUAGCAGUUUGCCAUCUAAUAAACCUAUCGUUUUUCAUUUCCGCUCAUCAAUAUUUGUAGGUCGCAAUGCCACUCUUACUGUUGCUUGCUAGUCAAUUACUACCAUACCUUUUGACAAAGUAGCUUUGGUUUAACAUAGCUAAUACACAUUGCAACUGUUUUCAAAUCCCCUGUAAUUUAGUGUCUAUUUGUGUUUCACUAUUUAUGUACUAAUGCUUACUUGUCUCGACAUAAAUUGUUCAUUCUGUUUUCAUUUUUUUUGUUUUUGUUGCUUUUUUUCUUGUUAAGAUCAAGCAAAAAAUUUUCAUGAAAUUAGAGCAAAGCAUUCGGCUGGUUUGUUCAGUUGUACUCUCCAUCCAGCUAUUGAUUAGAGUUUUCUAAUUGUAGAAGAUGGGGAACAGACAAUCCAGCCCAUAGGUUUGAUUUUCAAGAGAGUAAAUUUUAUUCUUUUUUUUAGUUUGGAGUUCUAAUGUAGUAUCACAAGUAAGAUUUGUAGCAAAUAAUAAUUACCGGUAAUUUUGAAUGAAGUCUUUCUGUGCUUGGUCAUAAAAAUUUCUUAUGUUGUGAUACUGCAAAGUAGUCCGAGCUGUGAUAAUCAGAGGAGCUAUGCUUUUUCCUGAGAGCUGAUUUCUUUAGUGAUGCACCAAAAAGUGAUACAAUGUAUUCAAUAUUUAUUUUUUUGCUGGAUAUUCUAUAUGUAUCACAUAUACGUAUUUACAUUGGAGUGACAUUUCAUUAUUCUAAAUCUGUUUUAUCUUCUGUUUUUCCACUUGCUGAUUUGCUUUGACAAUUUUAUGCCUAUUUUUUGACUACAUGUAGUGUUUUCUAAAAUGUGAAUGUAGUUUUGUUUUGUUUUUGGAUGAGUAUGAUUGCCUGCUGACCAGUGUCGUGCUGUAUAAUACGUGGAAAUUGGAUGGUGCCAUAAAUUAUUGUACUGCUUCAUCCAGUUUGCAUGUUUAACGUGAACUUUGGGAAUGCCCCUAAAGAACAUUCAUUGUAUUCUCAAACCUAAUCAUAUGGAGAUACAUGGUUGAAGUCAAUAAAUAUUUGAGAGAGGUGGAGUAAA